CGUAAGUAAUGGCCAGUUUACCAGAACGACAACGCCCGCCUACACAUCCUACACAUCCGCGCGCGCACACUGCGUACGCUAAGCCUGCUUCCUGUCCUGCCCGCAUUUCCCGUCGUACCUUAGCGGCGCCGACCGACAGCCUUCGCGCUGCCAACCGAACCGGUGCGCGCCUGUUGCUGCCUGACCUGAGCUCGGUCACCUGUUGGAUUUUUUUUUCCUGCCUGGCUGUGCUGCGCUGCAUCCUGGGCUUUUUGCCGCUACCGCGUCAUACCCGUCAGACGUGAACCCCACAGCCACACCUUUUUUCCCAUCCUCUCGAGGAGGCGAAAAUAUUUGUCGCACAAACCUGUCCAGUCUCUCGACGCACGAACAAACUCCCUUUCCACUGAGGGCUCCGUGCACGCUGUCAUUUUCGUCGUCGUUGUCGUUGCACGCGACGUCGUCGAACCCGCAACCCCGCGCAAUGGCCUAUCCGUACCAGCAGCAGUACGCAAGCGGACAGGCCCCGCCCGUUCCUGGCAACAGGCCUGGCCAGCAGCCAGUAUCUCCAUAUCCACCAUCCUCUUCGCCGUAUCCUCCUCAGAAUCAAUACCGACCCGCGCCAGGACAGCCUCCCUAUCCACAGUCAAGCUCUCCGUAUCCUCCCGGCCCGCAACAACAUCCGCCGUACGGGCAACAACCACAAUAUGGGCAGCAGCCUCCGUACAAUGCACCACCAGCUCAAGGAUAUCAGGCAUAUGGGCAGCAACACAACGCAUAUGGCGGUCCAGCACCCUAUCAGCAACCCCCAAAUUACGGCUACGGCCAACCAGGACAAGCACCUCCCCAGGCUCAGUACGCUCCUCCAGCCGGUCAGCAGGGCUAUGGCCAACCGCCUCCGCCGCAGGCCGGCCCGGCUCAGAUAGCCAGCUACAAGCAAGCCCUCCAGCAAUGCAUCCAAGAACGUGGCCUUCAGUCGUUCUACCCGCCAAACUCGCCGGCCGUCGACCAGAUUGCGAACAAGGCAGCUCAGCAGGUGGCCGGCUUGUGCCAGCGCUGGAGGAUUCCUCAAGAGAUUGGCAACGAUCUUGUCAAGCUCGGACUGUACGACAUCGUCAUCUACAUUGACGACUCUGGCUCGAUGCAGUUUGAGGAAGGUGGCGAGCGCAUCAAGGACCUGCGCUUGAUCCUCGAGCGCGUUGCCAGCGUCGCCACCAUAUUCGAUGACGAUGGCAUUUCCCUGCGCUUCAUGAAUGCUACGUACGACCCACGCAUGCUCGAGAACAUUCGUUCCGAGCAGCAGAUUGACCAGCUCAUGCGCACCGUGCAGUUCAAGGGCCUGACUCCCAUGGGCACCGAACUCAGGAACAAGGUCAUUGACGGCAUCAUUGUGCCCAAGCUGCGUUCUCAGCAGUACCGCAAGCCGACUCUUGUCAUCAUCAUCACCGACGGUCAGCCGGCGGGUGAGCCGCAAAAUGCCAUCUUCGACGCGAUCAAGUACGCCAGCCAAGAGGUGUCACGCCAGUUCGGUCCGGGUGGCAUUGCAUUCCAAGUCGCGCAGGUGGGCAACGAUCUCAAGGCACGCGAGUUCCUAGGCAAGCUUGACGAGGACCCUGUGGUCGGUCGGCUGGUUGACUGCACGAGCAACUACGAGAACGAAUCCGAAGAGAUGCAGCGCCAGGGUGUGAACUUGACACCAGAGCUAUGGCUCGUCAAGCUGCUUCUCGGCGCGAUUGACUCCUCCUACGAUCGCAAGGAUGAGAAGGCAGGUGGCCACGCGCCGCCACCGGCUCAAGGCUAUGGUGGCCAGCCAGGAUACGGCCCUCCGGGUGGUCAGCCGGGCUACCCACCACCUCAGCAGCAGUAUGGUGCUCAGCCUGGAUAUCACCCACCCGCCGGUCAGGGCUACCCUCCGCCACAAGGCGGUUAUCCUCCUCAGCAGGGCGGAUACCCUCCCCAGCAAGGCCAGGGACGUGGAUACAGCCCGUAUCCCCCGCAACAAGGUGGAUACGGCCAACCACCUGCUCCACCAAGGUACUAAGUGGCUAUUUGCGAGACAUCCAAAACCGUUAGUUGAGCAUGGAUUAUGAUCGGCGAGAAAUGGCAGCUGAAAGUGGACAAAAAAAAAUUACAAUUCUUGACGAAGCUAUGUUUUUAGGAGUCAUGCAUCUCAUAAUUUUCCAAAUGACGAACGGUGAUGUAAUCUCAGCGUGAGACGGAUGGUUCUUUCUACCUUAAGAGGUGCAGGGCAAACGUGAGACGGAGGCCGUCCGGCUCUGAUCGAGUGAACGAGAUCAGCAAACAGCACAAUAUAAGUCAAAGCAUACCUAGGUGAAAGUUGGGCAAGCCUCGAAGACUCUUCCUACUGUGCGAGGAGUCUCUCCUGAUAUCAAACAUUAAAAAAAAAAAGUAUACAUAUGAAAAUUCCCUUCAAUUCGAUGGCUUUGUCGUUAAGAGGCUUUGCUUGAAAA